CCAAAUAAAUCAGAGUGUUUUUUUGUUUGCCAAACAAUAGAGUCGAAAAUCCGGGGAUCGAGCAGCCGUAUUGUUCCAUUGAUGCAGUUGGUGAAUCGCCGGCCUGCCUAGUGCGAUCGCAUAGUCACAGAGCGAACUCGGGCCCCCUGGAGUCACAGGUCCCGGCAACGUAGUCCCAGCCCGAACCCCGAAUCGCUCCAUCGGGAAUCACUAAUUGCGUGCAUCACUGAGCGAUGAACAAGGUGGGCAAGCACAUCCAAAGCGGCAUCUCGGGCCUGGGCGCUGGCGGAGCUCCCUUGUCAUCGGGGGCUCUGCUGGGCUCCCCGCUGGAGGCAGCCAAUGGCGCUGGCUCGGCCAGCACCACCAAUGUGUUCAACUCCAUCAUGAGCUUCCUGCCGGACAACCGCCCCAUAACCUCGCUGCACAUCGUCGAGGACUUCGAGCGCUGCCCGAAGAACUUCAGUGCCAUACAUCGCACCUACGACCAGGACUCGGAUGCGGACCUGUGGCGCGACUACAGCCUGUUUGGGCGCCAGAACACGCGCUAUCUCUGCCUGUCCAAGUCCGAGGGUCUGCCGGAAUACGUGGUGGAGACCCUACAAGUCAUUGCGGACAAGACGCCGCCGCCCAAGGAAUUCUCUCAGGUCUCACGCACCGCCGACAGCGACCAGAAGGCCUGGCGCAAGCGGCAGGUGAUCUACAAGCUCUCCAAGCGCGGCACCGUGACCCAGGCGGUCACCGACAUAAUACUCUGCUCCAAGCUGAAGACAGCGCCCGAUGGCUUUAAGCUGGCCGGCGACAUCAACGGCGUGCUCAUCUGCUACAAGACGAGCGCGAUUCCAGUGCGCCUGUCGCCCCCAGUGCCAGGUGGCAUCGGACUGCCGGCUCCAGCCACCUGUGAGGUAGAGCAGGCCCUCAACCGCCUGAACCUCCAGGGCCAGCGCAACUCUCGUGGACCACUGCCACAGCCACCGACUGAACACCAUGACUAUGAGGAGAUCCAGGCCAACUAUCAAAUAAGCUCGCCACAGCGACCGGCGCCGCCGCGUCCGGCGGGAGUGGGCUCCGGCGGAGGACGCGGCACCUACGGCGGCACCGGCACCCUGGGCACCUACACCGAGCUGGAGGGCGUGCCCUUCGUCAUGGACAUUAGGCUGCAGCGCAACCAAGCUGCUGCUGAUAUACCCACACUGCCAGAAAUCUCCACGCUGCUCAAGUCCCUCGACUAUGACUUUCAACUGGAACGCCAGAUCCUAUGCACUAUGAAGUCAUCGGCAUCGAAGAACCCGUUCUUCAAGUAGGAUUGCAAACCUUCAAUAGAAAACGUCGCAAAAUGGAGCGCUUAGCAAUGUAAACAACAAAGCAACAGAACCGGAAAUGAGUGGAUUUUAUAUUUAGUUUAGCGUAAGCUUGAUCAGAUCUGAUGCGCGAGUGGCGUCCGCCAUGGUACACCCAGUAGUUAUUCAGUUGGAUUCAGUUCUAAGGACCCCGGCCCCUUAGAGUUAAUGUGUGUGUAAUAUUCCUGUGCCUUCGAUAUGGAACUCAGUUUUUUAGUACCCCCCAUUGGAAGCAGAAUCCUACCUAUUUACAUCAUAGAAGUCAUUCAUAUACAUGCAUCGAUUAACCCCAAUUGUGAUCCGAAGAGCAAGCGAAGUGUUCUGUCAUUAUUUUAACCGCGCUAAAUCAGAUGGCUUUACACAUAUGUCUUUCAAAAGGCCCACGCAUAAGAUAUACUUACACCUAGCACAUAUGUCUGAAAAUGUAAUGUUAAUGUUGAAUCGGUCUGGGGAUCGGACUGCUAAUACCGAUCCCAAUAUAGACGAGCAUAUAUCUGAUAUAUACAUACGUUCAUAGGCCACCUAGCACUUAAAACCAAUUGGUUUUUAAAAAUACACAAGUAUCUAUUACAUACUAGCUCUAGUGACGAUUAGACUGUCUUGCAAAAUCAUAGAUUCUUCCUCCGCCCCGUCCCCCACAUUCCCCACUCCCCAUAAAAAAUGAACAAAAACUCUCCACCAUGUUAUAUAGCAGUUCAAGUACAAGAAAAUAUAUAUACGCCCGUGAAAAUCGA